GAAAUAUUGAGUAUUGAUUUCGCGGUUUCGUCAGUGCGCCAGCGCGAAGCUGUGUCUAUAGGAAUCGUUCACUGUACUUGGCUACUUUAUCGCGCGUUACAAGUUUAUCUCGCCCUUUUCAUAAAGUACUGUUUAUAAAGUAGAAUAUGUGGUGUCAAUUAGUGAAAUAAUACUCAUAAAACAUCAUUUUAAGUUAACAUCUGUUCUUGACAAAUAUUUCUGUCUAGUAAGACAGUGACCGCUCUCUUGAUAUUACGCUUUGUUUACCUAGAUAAGAAAAAAUGUUUUCUGUAAUGAAAUUGUUUACAAUGAUAUUAUUUAUAUUUUCUGCGUCGUCGGAGAUAUCAUAUGUAGUGAACUAUACGAAUGGCACGACUUUUCAAGAAGGUCAAGUAUUAACUUUGUCAUCUAGCAGCGACUAUUAUGAUGUAAAUAUUACAAUACCGUUGAGCAAGCCAACAUAUAUGAAUAAAGAAAUAAGCAGCGAUUUCAUAUUUUUGGCUACCACCAUGAUCAUUAAGGUCACCUUGGUUGAUAUCGAUCCUGAAUUGAGCUUCUUAAUAGCUCAAGUACACGCUAAAAUAGAUAAAGUGGAAAUAUAUAAAUCUUUCAAGAAAACCAGGGUAAUAGGACAAAACGUCGGAUUGUACUUCGAUGCGAAGAAUGAGAAGCAUGUUUUCUACAUCCUAAACCGAAAUUGUGAAGGUGGUCUCUUCUAUGUGUCGGUGCAUGGCUAUGGACCUAAAGAUCCUAUACCUGGCGGCUGUAAUUUGGAGUCCAAAAUACCGAUACCACCCUCAACGGAUAUCCGGCUUAGUAAUAAUUAUUAUAACGUCGAAAUAGCUCCACCGAUGGCUCCUUAUGACCCCAAUUGUCUGGAAAACGAUGUUUUCAUUACUUUCUACAUGUUGUACCAAUCCGAGCUUGAUUAUACUACUGAAGUGUAUUUCGAUGGCAUUCGGCGUAUGAUAAAUUAUGAAAAUAUUACGAAAAAUGGCAUUGUUGUACCCUUUAUAUUCUGGAACACUCGACGAAUGAUGAGCCGGUAUCAUGGAACUAAUGCUGUAUUCGCGGCAGUCGCUAGCACGGCAGAUGGUUAUUCUAUAUACGUACCUGCCCAAACCUAUGGCUGCGUCAACACGUCGGAUCAAUUUUGUGUUUACUUAGGGGAUAUUAGAACUAUAAUAUUUGUCCUAUUUCUGAUGGCGAUCUCUUUCUUAAUAUGUUUCGGGGGACACCGUUACGUGCACAUUGAAAUGUUUUCGCAAGGAUUGAUGACUUCUACGUUCGUCUGCUUCGUCAUUAUGACAGCGACGACAUCUGAAAGUUAUGACAUAAAAUUAUUGAUAUCGUUUAUUUUCGGAUUGGUCUUUGCUUCUGUGUGGUCAAUGGCGUGGCUGGUGUGGCGAUCGCCAAUCACUAUUAUGUUGAUACCAGCAUUCAAUUGCGGAUUCUUAGUCGCUGGCAUAAUGUACUACGUCGUGCCCAGUUCCAUGAUCUAUUUAGGAGUGGACUUCAACUUCUGGUCCCUGUUCUUCCUGGUACUACUUUUGGUAGCAAUGGUUAUACUGUCUACUUCGAAAUUCGGGAAUAUUCUGAGCUGUGCUUUCUUCGGCUCCUAUGGGUUUGUCGUGGCAGGCGAUAUGCUACUCGGAAGCAACUUUAAAUACAUCGUGGUCAAUGUCCUACGCCGAGCUACCGUCCCGAACUUCAAUAAGGCUGUUCUCUUCCCACCAUUCCAGACCGGCGAAAAAGUAAUGAUUGCGGUGUGGGUGCUGAUUGCCCUAGCCGGCAUGGCGGUGCAGUAUUGGUUCACCCGCGGCCAAACCUCGUUCCCCAUGUGUGCCCCCCAACUGACCAUGCGCGAGGCGGUAAAUGUGGCGAUGUACGGCACUGUCGAACGAAGGAUUGCUCCACGGAAAAGAAAAUCAAAGCCAAAUAAGGGACGAACGGGAGUCUCUUCGCGGGCGUAGGUGGAGACAGAUGCAGCUGGCCUUGAAUUUAUUUUGUCUAGUCUACUUUUUGUACGAAUUAUUUAAUCUACCUUUAAGCAGUGGCGUAGCUAGGCGUGAGUGAAGUGGGCCUUUGCCCACGGCCUCGGGAGACCUUAGAUAACAGAUUUCAGAAAAAAAAUUGGGUAAUUCUUGGGAACGAAAAAGGGGCCUUGCUGAUGAGACUUCACCCACGUCUAUAUUCCACACACCACUGUCUUUAAGGACUUAUCCCCUUCCCUUGAGAAAACACUAGGGUUUGCCUCUAGGGCCAAAAGCUGGGAGCGUCUUGGGUUCUUGUUUCUAGAAGUCAAAUAGCGUGGUAAAUAGGAAUGUGAUGUUCCAGCACGGGCGGCGCAAGGAACCAGUCCGCGGAUGAACACACUCCCUUACUCGCUUAAACGAUACACGCACAAUUAUAUGGAUAACUCGAAGAUAAAACCUCUUUUGAGCACAUUAGAACAAGGAAAUUGGAUAUAAAAAAAUCAUUCAAAAUUUAAUUAUAGUAAUAACAUCAUCGCAAUCUCAAUAAUGCAUUACAAAAAAUCAUGAAUUAUUAAAAUGAGUUAGACGCGAUAUUAUCUAUAUUCUGUAGAGUAGGACGAUAAUAGAGAACAUUCUUCAUUCCCCCUCCAACAUAUCACUAAAUCACACUCGAAUUCCAAAUAUUGAUAAGUAUUUCUCUAUGGACUGCUUCCAUUUAUUUACGAUUUAUAUUUUUAUACUAUAUACAAAUCUUCUAACCCAAAUAUCUUUAGAUUAUAUUUUUGAACCACUUUAUUUAUCCCAUUUUCGAUGGUAUUUAUAAUAGUUUGCGCUCUAAAUCCUAAGGCUCUAAGUCUAUAUUGCAAUAUAUAUUUUUAUUGUAGCCCCUUUUUAUGAAACUAUUUCAAUAACUAUUUAUAUUUAUCAUUCACUCAAUGUAAUGUAGCAAACUUAAAUAUUGGUGUUAAAUUGAUAAUACAUUAAAUGGAUGUGAAAUAGUAUUUAAGAUGUGUUGAUUUAAUCACCCGACAUUGAGAGGAACUGUCGCAUCGAUAUUGAUAAAAAAAAACAUUAAUUUGUCGUAAUCCAUUGCCACUUGUAUUUUUAUGAUCAAACUUCAUCACUAGCUUGGCGGAGUAUUGUAUUGCGUGCGCUAUGACAACCGCUUUGAUAUCCGCGUUCGAAUCUUGGAUUAGGCAAAAUGUUUUCUGCCUGAAGUCUAGAAUUUGUGCCUAAUAUGGCGAUAGACUCGCACCCUAUCAUGGGACGGAAAAUACAUUGCGGAAAGUAGGUGCCGCAAUUGCAUAUUCUUAUCCUGGUUUUUAUUUUCAUCACACGGAAAACCAAAUUUGACUAAACCAAAAGUGAUUAAAUCUCCACAAGUAUUAACCACAUUUACUCAUAGUUGUAAGAAUUAUAAUCAUAUGUGGGUUAGCCACCAAUUCAUGUCAGUAAAGCAAAUUAUGAUAAAUGUCUACUCUAUAUUCUAUUUAUAAUUCUGUUCAACCUCGAUGUAACAGGAAAGCGUGAUGAUAUUUGAGAGCUUGUUAUUGUGAAUGUCAAGCUCAAACUUGAGGAUUCUUGAUUUGUUUAAUCAUCAAACUCAAAGAUAACAUUUUAUUAUAAGUAUGUAAUAAAGUCACUUUAACAUUGUAUUAAUGAACGAAACCACAUACUCGUUUUUAACUCUCUUUUAACAUUGUGCCAAAAAUCAUUCAUGAAUAACGAAUACUUAUUGCCAAAGUCCCGCUUUUAGCUAACUGUUUUUUUUAACAUUUUAUUUUAGUGCGAAUUUGGUCAGCCGCGCGUGUUUCUACAAUAUAAUAAGGAAGGAAAAAUCUAUUUAUUAAAAUAAAAAAACAUAUGGGUUGCUUGUUACAUUUUGUUAUAUGGCUUAGAGUGUUUCAACAAUAUAAGGACGUAUUUGUAUGACCAUUACUGCCAAAGUAUAAGAGCUAAUGCUCGUGCACAAAUUUAUAAACCUGUUGUAGUGUGUAAAACAUACAAGUCUUUAAAAUUUAUAUAUGUGUACGUUUAUACCACUAAUCGGUAUACUGUAUGUUGUACAUUUUAUGUAUUAAUUGCAAUUAAUGUGACAUAUUUUUAGUAAUAAGCAAAUGCCGCGGCAUUUCAAGAUGAUCUAAUAUGAAUGCUGGAACAUAGGUAUAUGACAGGAAAGAUCUGGCAAACAGUACAUUAGUAAAAUCCUUUAUAAAGGCGUGAAUAUACGAGUUAUACUCAAUUUCUACAUGUUUAGUGUUACAUAAUAAUUAUUAUUGUUAUAAAGGUCAGGGGGCCUUAUUCCGUCUACGGGGCAUUUCCGUCUUUUUGUAAUUACGGGCGUUCUAUUCGAAGGACAGCUUCGAUAGCCGUAUCGGUAAGAGAGUUAAAGAUUCCCCUAUUUACCUAUACGGCUAUCAAAGCUUUCCUUCGCUUAGAACGCCCGUAAUUGCAAAAAGACGGAAAUGCCCAGUAGACGGAAUAGGACCCCCUAACCUUAAUCUAUAUUUGUCGUAUACCACUUUCGAAAAUUGAUGACUGAUUUAGCGUAUUUUUUAACUUGAAGCUUAAAAUGACCUUGCGCUUAGUGUUGCCAAAAAUUUAGGACGUAGUAAAUUGUUUAAGACUGUCUCCAUGUGAUGUAUAUUUCGAUUUUCGAAUUAAUAAAAAAUAAUUCUAA